GCCGCCGCGCGAAGCGAAGGGUGGUGUGGGCAAAGGUCCAAAAACUGUUAGUCAAGAGAAGGCUGAGAAGGUGAGAAGUGGUUGAAAGAAGGCUUAUAAAGAAAGAAAAAAGCCUAACUAUCAAAACGGCUUACUGCGGGAGAAGCCCCGAGAUAGGCCAGGCCUAUUGCUCUGGGCUGGCAGGAGGUCUGUUCAACCACUGCUGGCCAGGCCAGGCCGAGGUGAGGUGUGCUGAGGCAGGAACUUCCUUUGCCUACGGAGGAACCUUCCCCGGACCGCCGCCACUACCACCACCACCACCAGCAGCCGCUGGCAUGGGGGAGAAAUCUCACACGUGCCCCUACUGCGGGAAAGGCUUCCGGCGCAAUUCACACCUGACCCGACACAUGGCCACCCAUUCUGGGCUUCAGCGCCCCUUGGGCGGGAAGCGCCUCGGGCAGCAGGUGCAGGAAGAGGACCGGCCAUUCAGCUGCAGCUACUGCGGGAAAAGCUUUGCCAAGAGCGCCCACCUAGCGCGGCACCAGGAGACCCAUUCGGGGGAGAGGCCCUACAAGUGCACCUACUGCGGGAAGGCCUUUGGGCGCAACUCCCACCUCACCCGGCACCACAGCACGCACACCGGGGAGCGCCCGUACGAGUGCGGUGUUUGCGGCAAAGCUUUCACGCGCAGUGCCCACGUCACCCGACACCAGGGCACGCACACCGGGGAGAGGCCUUUCCGCUGCACGCGUUGCGGCAAGCGCUUCACCCGCAGCGCACACCUCCAGCGCCACCAAGGCAUCCACAGCGGGGACAAGCCCUUCUCCUGCGGCGACUGCGGGAAGGGCUUCACCCGCAACGCCCACCUGGAGCGCCACCGUGCCACACAUUCGGGGGAGAAACCUUUCAAGUGUGCCAGCUGCGGGAAAGGGUUUGGGGCAGCCUCCCACCUUGUAAGGCACCAGAGAACCCAUAAAGUUUAGUCAGCUGGGUUGGUCCUAUAUCCAUCCAAACGGGGGGUGAGAAAUGGCCAGUAUUGGACAUAUGUUUGUCUUUAUGUCAGGAUGGCUCUUCCCCCCCCUUCCCCAUGUUUUUUCUCCAUGCUAUAAAAUAACCUGAGUGUUUAGCUGCUGUGAUUUGAGAGAGAAUUGAGCAUAACAAAUUCAGCAGUGGUUGGUCCCUGGUCUGCACAAAGACCGAAGCAAUGUGGACUUCACACUCAGUUCAUUUGCAGACCUAAUGACGAUAAUUUUAAAUGCUGGAACUGCAGGUUGUUCUGCUACUUCUUUCAGAGCGGGAAGGACAGUGUCAGAUCUUCCCGACGCCAUCUGUAUGUGGGGGUGGGUGUUUUUCCUUCUCUUCAGUAUGGCAAAUGAAGGCCACCCUUUUUAAAUUUCCACUUGGCUAUCAAGAAAUAUGCUGUGCGUCAAAAGUAAGAAACUCUGAACGAACACUUGAGGUGUUUGCACGCCUCCCCCUUGCACACCUCCAGCAUCUCAACGGAUGUGUGAGCAUGUAAACAUUAUGCCAAUCUGUGGAGUAAAAAAAAGCAUCAUUCUGGUGAUUCACUUGGAAUGAAGUUAGAGUAACUCUUCCACCCUACUUUCCCUCAGCUUUCAUUUCAGCCAUCGUGGCCAAGAAAAAGCAGUUUAUAUCAUACUUUCAUCUGCCCACAGUACCCAGGAAACAACACCAGGAACACUGGGCCUGAGUUUUGAGCAUUUCAGUAUCCUUCAGCUGGGGGGAAAGGCUAUUGGUUUGCUUCUGAACCAAUUCUCAGAACUUGUCUAUUUCUCUUCCAUGGCACUUGGCAGUGUGUGCAUCUAGUUUUCCAGUAUUUUUAUCUUGCGAGUGGGAUCUGCAACAAAAUGUUACAGUGCUUUUGCCUGCCAGCUAUGCCUCUUUUCAGAGUACUCCAUCCUGUUCCCCAUCUCCCAGUUUUCUGUCCCAUUGCCCCACCUGACAGAUACUCGGUGUUCUGUGGCCACCGAGCAUGCUCUGUUCUCAUUGGGGUUUGUUUGGGUUGGUUUCUCCUCCGCCCUUCAGAAGGGCUGUAGCUCAGUGGUAGAGCAUCUGCCUUGUAUGCAUAGUGUCCCAGGUGCAAUCUGGCAUCUCCUGGUAAGGCUGAAUCUCCUAUCUGGAACAGUUUUCUUCUCCUUGGACAAGACUAUAGUUCUGCUGAUACAUUUCACAGCGUAACUCUGUUGUAGUUGAGAGAUAGGGUAAAAAACUAACCUUAAAUUAGUUGGGUUUUUUAAUGUAGCUACUUGUGCUUUUUUAAAUGGAGGAGGAAGUUAUAAAUGAUACUGUCAGCUGUCUCCACACAAAAUAGUUAGCUGAUUUUCCUCUAUAGAAGACAUUUAAGGGGACAUUUGGUGAUUCUUUAGGAAGUUGGGUAUCUUGCUGCUCUGAAUCAUAUGGAAAGAGAUGCGGAGGCAGCAAAUUUCUUAGCUGGAGUCCCCGAAACUUUCUCUUCUUAAGCCUGUGCUCCUAGGAAAUACUGUCUUGCUUGUCUCCCAGUUUGCUGUGUGUGGCUCUUAACUAAUCUGAUGUGUGGUUUUUUGAAGGUCCUGGGCACUCGGGCUCUUCAGAGGCAUAGCACAAGGGCACAGCCAUGGUCUUGUAUCAGGGCCUCCCUAAGACAUGGAUUCCCCCAUGCGACUGCCUUGAGUUAUGUGGCCUUUGGCCUCUGUAUGUGUCAUUUUUUAUGUGGCCUCUUUGGAAUCCAGGGUGAUGAAGCAGUGCAGAAGUACAGCAAGCAUGGAGCAAAACGUCUCAUUAGAAAGGUUUGAGUUUAUGAACACACACAAAAGAAAUAAAUUGAAACUCAAUGGAGAGAAGAAAUAGGAGCCAAGGAGCGACAGCAACCUGCCAACUCUCCAUUUGUUCGGCUAAGAGCAGAAAUACUUUAUAACACCUUUACUAGUUUGCCUAAUGACAGGUCUAAAUCUUUGAAGCCUGUGUUGGUCAUAACAAAGGGAACUGCCAGCAAGAUGCAGGCAGAGACUCUUUUGUUUUCCCUCUGCUUUUUCUGAACUCUUUCUAAAUACAAAAUGGGAGAAACAGCAUCUGUACAUCAGAAUCUCAAUGGCCAACUUGAUGUAGCACAACAAAAACCACAAGAGUCAUUGGAAAGACUACUAAGGUUGAUGGGUCAAAACUGCAGCUGUUUCAUACUUCUAUGUCAACUCUUAUUUUAUUCUGCUUCCUAUGAAUUUGAAACCGCACUAAGCCUGACAUUGGUUUCUCUUUGAGUGCUCAAACAGUGGUGAAAUGGUGAACCUUUAUUUGUUCAGUAGUCUGCACAGUACAGACUCGUGGUGGUUGGCUUUUUUGUUUGGGAUUCCCAAGACCCUGCAAUUGCUAGAAAAAUACUUGGAAUGUUCUGCCGUGCCCUAAAUGAUGGUUGCAACCUUUUAAUUGCCUUAGGGGUUUAUCUCCCCAAAGUCAGGCUUUUGCCCUUCUGAAUGGAGAGAUCUCUGGUAAUUGGCAACAACACACUUGAGACUGGUAUAACUUUCCCUUCCUCUUGGGUGGUCAGUUUGUGUGGCGUUCCUUCCACCAGGGCCGAGGCUCCUGAGUCUGAUUUGAGCCUUGAUGCUUCAAGGGAGGAGCACAAGCUAAGUCAGUUCGCUUUGGGCCAGAGGUAGAGUUUUCAGGUCUGCUCCGUCAUACAUCACAACCAGAAGGCAGCUUUUCCUGGAAGGGAAACUGCUUCCUUCUCACACCUAGGCUUAAACACAUCCUCCUCCUGACUAUCAAUAAGCUUUCAGAUGUGUGGAGUGGGGGAAGACAGUUUUCUAAGAAUAUGUCAACUCUGACCCAUGGCUUAAAAAUCUGGACCUACACAUCCAUUCUAGAUGUGUGUAGUUACAGCUGUUGCCCAUGGGGCUGUGAGAUCAACAAAAUGUGGAGCCACGGCCAAUGACAGGCAGAGCCAAGUAAUUCCAGUUCCCAUCUUUCUCCCUGCUGACUUGGGCAAGGACAACACAGAGACUAAGGAUUGCUGAUAGACGGUGUAACCCCCCCUCCCCCUGCACCAUGGUAAGAAAGAAGGCAGGGAGGACUGGCUGAGGGCAGACUUGAGAUGGGUAGGGCAGUGCCCUGCUCACUGUAAUGGGCCAGCCUCCAUUCCCAAGUGUGGAGGUUCUGCCACACAACAAACUGUUAAAGAAAAGAAUAAUAUUGGUUGACUCCAGACUCUUGGGCUGCAAUCUGCCGUAUUAUCUUGCAGAAAGUCCCAUUGAACACAGAGGAAUAGCAUUUGAUAGGAUGGUGCUCUUGGUCAUGCUGUAGGCUCAUUGAAAUCAAUAAGACAAGUUGGUUGUGACUGUAUUAAGUCCCACCGGUUCCAGCAAAACUAAAAGUGUUAAGUUAUUUAAGCUGGAUGCAGCCCAUUGAUUCAUUCUGCUAAACCCCUGUCAACCAGAGAGGUCAACUCUCCACUGCCAAUAAAACUCCACAAACCUAUGGGUGUUCGCACCUAUCCUCGUAAACAGCAGGAGUUUGCUUAAGCGGUAAAGUCAGCGCACAAACACUAAAGUGAACAAGUCAUUUCGUUGCCAAUCCAUUCUACAAGAGAGUACAGAGGGGAAAUGAUUGUGGUACUGUUUGCGAUCGUAAGUGCAAAUGCAUGGAAAAUUCUGAAGGCAGAAUUCAGCCAUUAUUUGGAGAGUGGAAGAUCUGUAGGGCAUAAAGAGGUCUCUAAAGAAGAGCCAUCCUCUCAGGGCCUGAUUCUAAUCCUGCCAUCCAAGAAAGAGGACUCCUCAUGAGUCAGGUAGUAGGGAACUGGUUUGUGUUUCUUGUUGCAGACCUCAGCUGCCUGAUCUUGGAAGGAAGGAAUAUGCUGAUUCUGCUGGGUUUAUGCUGGAGAAAAAAGUAUUUUUGAUCUUGCACUUGAUUGGUCACUUUCAUUAGACAUUUUGCAUGCAUAUACCCUGUGUCUGCUGUGGACUCAUGUACAACUAUGACUGGUAGAUUCUGGGGGAGCAGGAAAGGGUCUCAUUUCCCAUGUGAGGGGUGCACUCCAGAUAGAAGGAUGCCAAAGGCCUAUUGAUUUCAGUGCGACUUCAGAGCCUGAAGUUCACGGCGCUGCACCCAUAAUGUUGUUGUGUUAUGCCUGGUCUAUGACUUUGCUAAUGGCAGUUUCUUUAAAAAAACAAAAACCUCCCAACAGCUUGUAUAUAGAUAAUUUUUCAAGUUGUGCAGCAGUAUUGUAGAACUAUCAUUGCUGGUGGUACACUUUUAAUUACCCCCCCCCCCCGUACAAUUGUGGACUUUGGUGAAAUCAGUCAUUUCUGUAGUAGCAGUACUUGGAGAAAAGCAGAAAUUGGCUCGUAGUGGCCAGACCAGCCCUGCUGCCAUAGAUGUGAUGUUAUGGAUUACCAUUCUCUCUCCCAUCCCCAACCUGGAAAGUGUUUCUUCUUUAUUUAUUUUAAUUAUUUUUCUUUUUGGAUGUAACAUCAAGCAGUUAUAAUUGCACACCUUCCAGUGCAUUUUCCCAUCACUUUCCUUACUGCUAAAAAGUGGCUCUCCUUUUUUAAGUGUCAUGAACAAGAGCUCUAAAUCCACUAUUAAUUGCUCAACCUGAACUUGCUAGCAUGUGAUUGAAUUCCAUGUGCAAAAUAGCAGUGGUCCAGGAACCUUCCCGAGCCUGCCCCCCAGUCUCAUUCUUUGCGUCAGGCUUUUCCAACCAGACGUUUUGAAAAUGGGUACUUCAAGAACGGUGUCUAGAUGCCAGGAUCUGGGGCCUCCUAAAAGUGUGCAUUUGAACUCCUUGUCUCACAGCCUCUGCCAACCUGGUGUCCUCCAGAUGUUUCAAACUACAGCUCUGCUGGCUGGAGCUGACGAGAGCUAUAUAGUCCAACACAUCUAAAAGGCGCCAGGUUGUCGAAGGCUGGUUCAGUCGUUGGGCUUGGGUUGGUGUGCGGUCAACCUUUAGUUCACAUUUGUUAAAACUCUUACCCACAAGAGAGCAGAUGUCCACCCGCUUGUGGACAUCUAGCGAAGCUGAAUGUUGGAAGAUUCGGGACAGAUAAAAGAAAGUACUUUUCCACGCAGUGCAUCGUUAAACUAUGGAACUCACCCCCACAAGGCAGUGAUGGGCACCAGAUUGCUUCAAAAGAGGACUAGACAAAUUCAUGGAGGAGGGGGCAAUCAAUGGCUACUAGCCAUGAUGGCUGUGCUUUGUCUCCACAGUUGGAGGCAGCAAUAAUUCUGAAAACCAGUUGCCAGAAGCUGGGGGGGGGUGCUCUUGUGCUCAAAUCCUGCUUACAGGUUUCCCACAGGCAUCUUGUUGGCUGCUGUGACAACAGUACAGGACUAGAUGGGCCAUUGGCCUGAUCCAGCAGGCUCUUCUUAGGUUCUUGAGUUCUUAAGGGUGUUCCUGAGAGCAGCUGAGUCUUCUGAACUCGUUUAUGAGCAUCAGCACCACUUCUGUGGGGUGGCAGAAGGGGCAAAGUGCAUUUUGGGUGGUGGGAACAUGGUUCCACAUGCUAAGAUUUGUGAAAGAGAAACAAUGGUGUAUUUCACUUUCAUGCUUCCGUCCUGUUUUUUCCCUGGAGUAAAUGUCCCAUGCCCCCCUCACGCGAUUGCAAUCCUAUUAGUUUUGAUAGAGUUAACUUUCAAGUAAGCAUGCAUUAGAAUUGUGGCCUUCUUUUAAUUCCUAGUUUAUGAUUUAGUUAUAUUGUUUAGGUGUUGUCUGGCAAAAGUGUAUGUGGUGUGUUUUUUUUCUCCUUACUAGUGAAUAACAAAGCCUUUUCCAUUUCACAGGAGGCUCCAGCGAAGAGCAAGCUAUCAGUUUGCAGGAGGGGGCAUAGCUUUCUCCCCAUCUUCCCACUCUGGUGCCACCUAUGGAGCCAGUUUUGGGGUACUGUAUUUGUUUUACUCUGGCUCAGUUCAGUGUUUGUGAGCUCUGCGUUUUAGGCUUUUUGAGGACUGGGGGUGGGGGGUUUAGGUUUCCUUUGCUUUAGAAUUGUUUGUGGGCAGGGAUGUUUUGGAUUAUUUGGUCUGUACUUUCUAUGAUUUUUAUUACUGCCAAUGGGUAUGCCUUAACAAAACAAUUGUAAAUGCCAUCGCAGCAGUAUCGUAGCCAAACUUAAGCCUGGGUUUCCCACCCCUAUGAAAUGCCCACCACCAACUUCCCACUUUCCCUGGUAUUGCCCAUGGUAUCUUAAUCUAUUUCCCUAUCGUACUAACAGUGUCUGUCUCUUCACUGUAUGAAAUAAACACUUUUCCUGAUUCCAA